UACCGCGCCUUGCGGACCGCCUCAGGAGCCUCAGCCCAUCUCGUGGCGGUGUGCUUCACCAUUUUCGUGGCUGUGCUGGCCCGGCCCGGCUCCAGUAAGUGGGGAACGGGGAAGGGGUAUUCGCUCCCUCCCCGGUUAGCUGUAGAGCGGUCUGCGCCAGGCUGGUCGCCGAAGCACCUGCCCACGAGGGGUAGGUAAAGGCCAGAGUUCUGCCAUUGAUGCACCCUUCAGUCUUGGGGCAGCCAAGAUCUUCUCUCACCACUGAUUAGUACGAGCUUGUUGACAGUGCCUCGGUUUCCCCAGCUCCCAGCGGGAAGAGGGUAACCUACAGCCAUCCUUUGUGUUGCCAUGAAGGUCAACAGGGAGCGGGGGAUUACCCAGUGCCCAGUGAUUACCAUCGCCCUACUGAACUGUGACCCAAGAGAGGGCCAGUGGGAGGGAGGGACAAAGGGCAAAGGAGCGGUUGUGAAUGGCAGGUAAGGCUUUGUGAUAGGGGUGGCCCUGCUCAGGUACAGCCCACCAACAUUUUUUUCCUGUUCUGAGGCGGGCGGAGGUGAGGCUGGGGGACCCCUGGGAGAGGAUUGGAAAGAGUGGGGAAUAUCUGGACAUCCAAAGUCUUUCACGAUGGCAGACCUCAGAGCCUCGCUCAGCCCCGUUCCAGGCUGCCGGGGCUUAGGUGACAAUUCCGCUUGACUGCAGCCCUGCGCCUGUGGCUGGGCCAUUUCAAUCCCAGCUUCUGUCUUGGGGCCAGAGUUGGAACAUGACCCCCACCUCAGGCCUGUUCUCCUGGCACCCUGUCCUCAUGUCUCUCGCUUUCUCCUUCCUGAUGACGGAAGCUCUGCUGGUUUUCUCCCCGGAGAGCUCCCUGCUGCGUUCGCUCUCCCGCAAGGGCCGGGCCCGCUGCCACUGGGUGCUGCAGCUGCUGGCCCUGCUCUGUGCCGUGCUAGGCUUUGGUCUCAUCAUCUACAACAAGGAGGUGCAUGGCAAGACGCACCUGAGCACCUGGCAUGGGCGGAUGGGACUCCUGACCGUGCUGUGGGCUGGACUGCAGUGCACAGGGGGGCUAGCUCUGCUCUAUCCCAAGCUGCUGCCACACUGGCCCUUAGCUAAACUGAAGCUCUAUCAUGCAACCUCAGGCCUGGUGGGUUACCUGCUGGGCAGCACCAGCCUAUUGUUGGGCAUGUGCUCCCUCUGGUUUACCACUACAAUUCCAGGCAAGGGCUGGUACCUCGCUGCCCUCUGCCCCAUCCUCACCAGCCUGGUCAUCAUGAACCAAGUGAGCAAUGCCUAUCUUUACCGCAAGAGGAUCCAGCCCUGAGGCCGGGACCUCGGAGUUGGAAGGAGGAUCCCUUGAGUCCCCCAGCUGGCUUCCAUCUGGGCCUGUCUCAUCCUGAAAGGUGUCGGGAAGGUGGAAUUCUAGUCUCGGGGGGAGGGAUGGGAAUCACAAUGCUCCUGGGACCACCUGAAGCUCUUGCUGUUCCCGAUUAGCCCAGUUAACUGGCUGCUCAGGGACUCGGUACUGUGGUCUUUGGGUGAGGGGUGGGGGUGAGGGAGGAGCCCUAUGUGCAGCCAAGGAGGGCACAUGAUUCCCUUUCUGUUGCAAAGGAUACAUGACUCCAUCUCCGAGCCACACACAGAGGAUCCUAUUCUCUUUCCCUCCCUCCCACCACCUCUUCCUUUCCCAGGUAGGGAAGGAAGAAGAAAAACUGGGUGUAUGUGUGUUUUUGUGAACAGGGUGAGGACAGCUGGCCAAGGAACUCCAGCUUCUUAUCUUUUAUACUCAUCAGUGUUUCCAGAAAUUGCAAAAAUGAAGAAUCUAGGUUGGAGCAGUGAAGGAGCAACCCACCUGGCCACAGCCCCUGGCAUGGGCUUUCCUCUUGCUGAAGCUGCUGGGGUGAGAAAAGGGAGCCUGGGCCAAGGCUGAAAGCCCUCAGCUUUUCCCACCAGGCUCUAGGACUGGGGCCGGUUGCCACGGCGUGUUCUGCUAGAAUUGGCAGUAGGCUGGGUUGCCUGCCAACCAGCCAGAUCCUGUUAAGAACAGGAGGCCUGCCAUCUGGCCGGGGGUCUUCGCUGGGCUACUAGCCGAGCCUCCUCCCCAUUCACCCCAAGUCUGCGUUCAUCAAGAGGAUGGGGGCAUACUUGGGGGCGGGGGAACCGGUGAGCUUCUUCCAACCUCUCAGGAGGGAUGGAGAACGCCAUGCUCUGCACACAGUAAGCGCUCAAUAAAUAUGAAUGAAUGAAUCGGG